AUGGAGGCUCGGCCGCCCCGCCGCGAGGCCUGGAUCAAUGACAUUCGAGCAGGAACCGCCCCCUCAUGUGGGAACCACAUCAAAUCGAGCUGCAGCCUGAUUGCAUUUAACUCUGACCGCCCAGGUGUGCUAGGCAUCGUGGCUCUGGAAGGCCAGGGAGAAGACAAGAGACGUGUGAGCCACCUGGGUUGCCAUUCAGACCUGGUCACGGACUUGGAUUUCUCUCCCUUCGAUGACUUCCUCCUGGCCACAGGCUCAGCGGACAGGACGGUGAAGCUGUGGCGGCUGCCCGUCCCAGGCCAGGCCCUGCCCACAGCCCCUGGGCUGGUGCUGGGCCCUGAGGCCCUCCAGGUGGAGACGCUGCAGUUCCACCCCACCGCUGACGGCGUCCUGGUGACCACAGCUGGCACAGCCGUGAAGGUCUGGGAUGUGGCCAGGCAGCAGCCCCUCACAGAGCUGGCGGCCCAUGGGGACCUGGUACAGAGUGCAGCGUGGAGCCGCGACGGCACCCUCCUGGGCACGGCAUGUAAGGACAAGCAACUGCGGGUCUUUGACCCCAGAGCAAAGGCUGAGGCCUCGCAGAGCACACAGGCCCAUGAGAACUGCAGGGCUGGCCGACUGGUGUGGACAGGCACCCAGGAGCACCUCGUGUCCACGGGAGUCAACCAGAUGCGGGAACGUGAAGUGAAGCUAUGGGACACCCGACACCUCUCCAGCCCUCUGGCCUCCCUCACCCUGGACACCUCACCAGGGUCCCUGAUGCCCCUGCUGGAUCCGGACUCUGGGCUCCUUGUCCUGGCGGGAAAGGGCGAGCGUCAGCUGUUGUGUUACGAAGUGGCCACGCUGCAGCCAGCACUAAGCCCAGUGAACCAGUACAUCCUGGAGAGCACACUGCGGGGAGCAGCCCUUGUGCCCCGGCGGGCACUGGCCGUCCUCGACUGCGAGGUGCUCCGUGUCCUGCAGCUGAGUGACACAGCCAUCCUGCCCAUCAGCUACCACGUGCCCCGCAAGGCCGUGGAAUUCCAUGAAGACCUGUUCCCAGACACCGUGGGCUGUGUGCCUGCCUCUGAGCCCCAGGCCUGGUGGGCUGGGAGCAACCAGCAGGUACAGAGGGUCAGUCUCAACCCAGCCCACCGGCCCUACACCAGCUUCACAUCUCCCCUGCUGCCCCCCACGGAACCGCCCGCCACGGAACCGCCCCCUGACCCCACCCAGCCUGCAGAGGUAUUGGUGGAAGACACAGAACCCAGCGAGGGUUUCUCCUCUCCGCCCAGCUCACUGCCCUCGCCGUCCACACCCUCCAGCCUGGGCCCCUCACGCUCCAGCACCAGUGGUAUUGGUACGAGCCCCAGCCAGAGGUCACUGCAGAGCCUGCUGGGCCCCAGCUCCAAGUUCCGCCACGCCCAGGGCACUGUCCUGCACCGAGACAGCCACGUCACCAACCUCAAGGGGCUCAACCUCACCACACCCGGUGAGAGCGACGGCUUCUGUGCCAACCGGCUGCGUGUGGCGGUGCCCCUGCUCAGCAGCGGGGGACAGGUGGCCGUGCUCGAGCUGCGGAAGCCUGGCCGCCUGCCCGACACGGCGCUCCCCACGCUGCAGAACGGGGUAGCCGUGACCGACCUAGCCUGGGACCCGUUUGACCCGCAUCGCCUCGCUGUGGCCGGGGAAGAUGCCAGGAUCCGACUGUGGCGGGUGCCCCCAGGGGGCCUGGAGGAAGUGCUCACCAGGCCUGCAGCUGUGCUCACAGGCCACACGGAGAAGAUCUACUCCCUGCGCUUCCACCCGCUGGCGGCCGACGUACUGGUUUCCUCUUCCUACGACCUCACCAUUUGCAUCUGGGACCUCCAGGCUGGAGUGGCGCGGCUGAGGCUACGGGGCCACCAGGACCAGAUCUUCAGCUUGGCCUGGAGUCCCGAUGGGCAACAGCUGGCCACUGUCUGCAAGGAUGGACACGUGCGGGUCUAUGCGCCCCGGAGUGAUCCUGAACCCCUGCAGGAAGGCCCAGGGCCCGAGGGGGGUCGUGGAGCCCGUGUUGUCUGGGUGUGUGAUGGCCAUUGUCUCCUGGUGACCGGCUUUGACAGCCGCAGUGAGCGCCAGCUGCUGUUGUAUGCACCCAAGGCCUUGGCGGGGGGCCCAUUGGCUGUGCUGGGCCUGGACGUGGCCCCCUCAACUCUGCUGCCCAGCUACGACCCAGACACGGGCCUGGUGUUCCUUACGGGAAAGGGUGAUACCCGUGUGUUCUUGUACGAGCUGCUCCCGGAGGCCCCUUUCUUCCUGGAAUGCAACAGCUUCACGUCGACAGACCCUCACAAGGGCUUCGUCCUCUUGCCCAAGUCCGAGUGUGACGUCCGGGAAGUGGAGUUUGCCCGAUGCUUACGGCUCCGCCAAACCUCGCUGGAGCCUGUGGCCUUCCGGCUACCCCGAGUCAGGAAAGAGUUCUUCCAGGACGACGUGUUCCCAGACACGGCCGUGAGCUGGGAGCCUGUGCUCAGCGCCAAGGCCUGGUUGGGAGGCGCUAACGGGCAGCCCCAGCUCCUCUGCCUGCAGCCCCCUGGCAUGACCCCAGUGAGCCAGGCCCCCCGCGAGGCCCCUGCCCGGCGGGCCCCCUCCUCAGCACUCUACCUGGAAGAGAAGUCAGACCAGCAAAAAAAUGAAGAGCUCCUGAACGCCAUGGUGGCAAAGCUCGGGAACCGUGAGGACCCGCUCCCCCAGGACUCUUUUGAGGGUGUGGACGAGGAUGAGUGGGCCAAGUACCUGGCCCAGAUCAUCGUGAUGGGCGUGCAGGUGGUGGGCAGGGCCUUUGCCCGGGCCCUGCGGCAGGAGUUUGCAGCCAGCCGGGCAGCAGCUGACGCCCGGGGACGUGCCGGCCACCAGUCUGCUGCUGCCUCCAACCUCUCUGGCCUCAGCCUGCAGGAGGCCCAGCAGAUUCUCAACGUCUGCAAGCUAAGCCCUGAGGAGGUCCAGAAGAACUAUGAACAUUUGUUCAAGGUGAACGACAAGUCUGUAGGUGGUUCCUUCUACCUGCAGUCCAAGGUGGUCCGCGCAAAGGAACGGCUGGACGAAGAACUCAAGAUCCAGGCCCAGGAGAACAGAGAAGGAACAGGCGCCUAG